AUGCUGACAUUUGCCUGGCUGGCUGGCGCCCUGCUGGCACGCUGGGUUAUCGCCACAUCCACCCCAAUCACAUUCGACUCAUACACACCCCAGCUCUUGUACAAGCCCGACUCGACCAACAACACUGGCCAAGGUCCAAGUUGGAAUGCAAGCUUCACCGGCAUAUCAUGGGCCGAUCGCCAGGAUAAGCGAGGUGGCAAGAUAGGUGUGGGGCAGGGAUACCACUGGGCAUUAGGCACAGUCAACGGACCAUCGGUCAGCAUCACCUUUUAUGGAACAGGCGCCGAGUUCUUUGGGUAUUGGGGAUACCUCGACAACGGGACUGUUUCGGAUGGCGCUGGCGGAGAUGGCUUUGGAAUGACCUCAUUAAGCCUUACUGGAGGGCCAGAUGCGCUACAAGACGUUCCGAGCAAUGGGACGAUGAGUGGCGUUGGCCGCCCCGUCUCGCUGGGCAAAUACUCCGACCUCUCGCGUGGGACGUACACUGUGACGAUGCACGCCACAGGCGGCAUUGUUUCGUUUACUCACGUCGUCAUCCAGAUGGACGUUGGGGGAAGCGCAUCAGCCGUGACACAGGCGGUCGCCAACCCCUCCAUCUACGACCCAUACAUUGUAAACAGUGACAACUCGCUUGGCAUCAACCCCAAGUUUGGCAGAUUCAUGGGACCACCCGGAGGCAGUACCGUAAACGGAACCACGGGCAGCUGGGCCGGCCAGUCGAGCGACGACAACAAGCGCGUCGGCAGCAAGGUCGCCCAGGAGACUGUACAUAUCAACCUUGGCGUCGGCAAUAACUUCCUCGCCAUCAACGGCACUGUCAACACGAACCACGGAAUGUUCCGCGUCGAGGUCGAUCCUGCCCCAUCCGGCCUGCAGAGCCAACAGGAAAUGUGGGCCUCGACUUCGUGGCAAGUGCUCGACACGGUGUUAUUCGCAACCGGUCUUGACCCGGACACCGAGUACAGCGUGACACUUACAAAUGUACAGGGCCAGGAUGGCCAGGCGAGCUCCUACAACGUGUGGUUUGACUUGACCUCGCUCACGUUGUGGAAGGUGCCAACAACUUCGACAGCCAAGGCGACAGGCAUCAUUGGCCAAGACCCCGGCACGUUGGAUAACGGCAAGAAGAACAGCCCGCCCAUUGGGCCUAUCGUUGGUGGAGUGGUCGGCGGUGUGGCAGUCCUGGUUGGAGCUGGCCUAGCUGCGUGGUACUUCUUCCUGCGCCGCCGCAAGUCUAGCGAGGAUAGACUCUUCGAGGGCGAGCCCGUGUCGUACAUGUCGACUCCCUAUGUCGGCAGAGAAGACCCGAACGAACCGCCCUCUAUGAUCGAUCCGUAUGACGUCCAACCGUAUGGCGUCCAGCCGACUUCGCCGACCAUGUCGGGAGUAAUGUCGCUGUCGGACGGCUCGGCAACCUACAACACUUCACACCGCGGCUCAGGCGCAGGCCUCAUGUGGAACACCCCCAUCAUCCAUCAGGAGCCCCAACACCAUCUCGCCACAGAUGCGGGCCCGUUCCGCGGGGCUACGCCCAUGGGUGAGAUGCCGCCGACGUAUAACCCGACGUGGAGCGACGGUGGCCGACCUGAUGCGCCCAAUUGGCCCAGCGGGUUGGACGAAAAGCGCCGCCAUUCGGCCGCACAGUCGUCGGUCGCGACUUGA